GGCUUUGCGAUCAGUGUCACAGCAUCGCCUUUCUGCGACUUCUUGAAUUCCCAUACAAACAACUGCCCAAUGAGCGGUGAAUUAAAGAUCACCUUAUUUUCAGGUACAGUACACGGACCCCCAGAACUUAACGGCCCACAACCUUGAACUAAAAACCUUCUUAUGCGCUGUCACCGCCACGCCUUUCUCUCGCCCUCAACCUUUCUCUCUUCCUCAGUCUUUCUCUCCCCCUCAACCCACAUCUACCCAAGGUAGACAUCUCCAAUCAUGAUCCACGGCCUUUCUAAGACACAGCGUCUGUCCGUCGCAAUUGGGGUCUCCUCUAUCUUCUUCGCUGCUGAGAUUUCAGUUGGAUUUUACACCCACUCUCUUGCGCUGGUCGCUGAUGCUUUCCACAAUCUAAAUGAUUUGGUGGGAUUUAUUGUAGCUUUUGCUGCAUUCAAGAUUUCAGAACGAGAGAACUCUCCAGAUGCACUUUCGUUUGGCUGGCAAAGAGCUUCACUUCUGGGUGCUUUCUUCAACGGCACUUUCCUGUUGGCGCUCGGUGUGAGCAUCUUCUUGCAGUCGGUUGAGCGAUUCGUCUCACUGCAACGAGUACAGAACCCAAUGCUCAUUAUGAUCAUGGGCUGCGUUGGUCUUGUAUUGAAUAUCAUCAGUGUCAUAUUCCUUCAUGAACACGACGAUCACGAGGUUGCGCAUGGCAGUCUUGACGAGCUUGCUGCUGAUCAUGCCAGUGAAACCUAUAUGCUCCAGGAAACUACAAACCCUCAUGCCGAACAUCGGCAUAAAGUAGACAUUUCAAAGUCUAAUGGCCACAGCCAUGACCUCGGUAUGAUGGCUGUACUGAUGCACAUCGCUGGAGAUGCUAUCAACAAUAUCGGGGUUAUUAUUGCCGCUGCUGUGAUCUGGAAGGCAAAUUAUGACAGAAGAUUCUACGCCGAUCCCGCCGUCAGCAUGGGUAUCGCCAUUAUGAUCACACUUUCAGGAUUACCAGUUGUCAAGAGAAGUGGCCAGAUUCUCCUAGAGAGUGUUCCACUCGGCGUCAGUGUCGAAGAUGUGAAGCACGACCUCGAAAAAGUCAGCGGUUCCCUCUCCAUUCACGAGCUCCAUAUCUGGCGCCUCUCCCAGCACAAGGCUCUCGCCUCAGUCCAUGUUUUCACAACCGACGACUCCCUCGGCAACUUCAUGGUCCGCGCCAAACUCAUCAAUGAAUGUCUUCACGCCUAUGGCAUUCAUUCCUCCACUCUACAGCCCGAAUUAGUCACCUCAAUUAAAGAAGCAGGACACGAAGUAGCAGAAGAGGCAGUAAGACGACGAAAUGUGGUGAAGAAUGAGUGUCAGAUCAGUUGUGGAACGCUCUGUGAGAACUUGACUUGCUGUGGAAGAGAGAGGCUCGAGGCUGUUACGAGAGCGGUGUCUGUACCACGCCUUCAUACAUGAGAAGAUGAUUUGAUGCCGAGAUGAAUGAACGCCACUGAACGAUACACGAAUUUGAUGCUAUUUCAGAACGGGCAUGGCAUCAAUGAUCUGGCCCUCUCCCAAUUGGAAAGGAACCAAUUCGUGUACAUAGACUAGAGCAUAAGCGACAUCGCAAAAGCUUCCGUGAAGCAUAUUUCCUCUUGUUCAGAUUCCUUAACGUGAGUAC